CAAUUUGCCAAUCCGUCAAUCCCUCUUCUCUCUACAGAGACCACACUCUCCUUCUCCUCUGUGUUUCUUGUUGUCGUUGUCUUUCGUGUUUCCUAUUGCAAUUGAUUUAGCACUGCCUCCUUCAUUUCCAAAAUUGCUACAAUUUGACCGCUGUUAUGGAGGGUUUCCAAUAGGAACUCACACAGAGAAUCAAUCAAUAUGAAGUCUGAAGAUUAUUAUUCUACCCCCAGUUCGAAAAUUAAAUUAGUGGUUAUCGAGAUGUUAUGGGCCGAGUCGAGUUAUUAGGGGAGUGUGGGUGGCUAUUGUGGGAUUUCAGGAUAUGUUGUAACACACACAUUAAGCAACAAGAUGUACCUACUUAUAGCAACGUGAUGGAUUAUUAUGCAACCAACCCUGGACCAAUUGAUGAUUCCAUUUUAAAAGAUCAAGAUAAACAUGUUUCAGCUGCAGUUUGGGAGGGACAGGAGAGAGGUGCACUUCGAUGCCAUGAGCAUACUUCGAAGCUUGAUCGUUGGCUACUUACUGAGACUCAAAAUGAAUUAGUUAAGAGGGCUGGAUUUGGCUAUUUGAGAUUAAUCCCCGCAAUUAGUCUUGAUAAUCCACUCAUAUCUGCUCUAGUGGAGAGAUGGAGGAAAGAAACUAAUACAUUUCAUAUGACUGUCGGUGAAAUGACCAUAACACUCGAAGAUGUUGCUUACUUGCUUGGACUUCGAAUCGAUGGUGAACCUGUAAUAGGUGUAACGUACACCACCUGUGAUUCAGUAUGUAUCAAAUAUCUGGGUAAAGCACCAGAUUCAGGGUACACGAGUGGUGGGAUGGUGAAGCUUAGCUGGCUGAAAGAAGCUUUCUCCGUAUGUCCAGAAAAUGCUUCCAUUGAAGACGUCGAGCGCCACACUCGUGCCUACCUUCUAUACCUUGUUGGUAGCACAAUUUUUUCAACCACGACCGGUAAUAAAGUACCCGUUAUGUAUCUCCCGUUAUUCGAGAAUUUUGAUGAAGCUGGGAAGUAUGCAUGGGGUGCAGCAGCGUUGUCCUUCUUAUACAGGGCACUCGGUAAUGCCUCCCUUAGAUCGCAAAGCACUAUUAGUGGCUGUUUGACGCUGCUACAGUGCUGGAGUUACUACCAUCUGAAUGUUGGUCGGCCUAAACUUCAUCACGAUCCUAUCCAUGAAUGUUUUCCUUUUGUACUUAGGUGGAAAGGGAAACAGAGCGGUCCAACCUCCAAUCGUGACGUGGUCGUCUACCGUAAAGCUUUGGAUUCUCUAAAAGCUACCGAUGUAGAUUGGUGUCCGUAUGCAAAUAUCAGCCAUACAAUUAUACCCGAGAGCAUCUUAAACCAACUCAUUCUCGGAAGAUCCAAGACAAUGUUGAUUUGCUUCGACAAGGCAGAAAGACACCUUCCAGACCGUUGCCUAAGGCAGUUUGGCUUACAUCAAAUGGUCCCGGAAGAAGUGCAGCAUUGGGAAAGGAAGACCCGUGGUGUUGAUGGCGGGGUAGAUCUGUCUGGUAAAAUGGAGGCAGAGAUAAAUGAAUGGGAAAAUCGUCGUUUCCAUAUUGUGGAGGCUGAGGAAGACCUCGAUGAGGGCCAAUACGUGAACUGGUACUCUAGAAUCACGCGGAGGCUGGUAGGAAGGCCUAUACCUAUCUCAUCAGAGUUUCAGCGAAUGAAUGCUGCACUGAGGGACAUUGCACAUGUAGCAGAUACCCUCUCGACACACGGAAUGGACGACCUACAAAUACAGUCUGUUACGAGAAUCAGGUACAUCGCACACGAAUACCUGAGGGAUCAUGCUGGAACGUCAACCGUAUCCUUGGACAACUCAGAGAGUGAGGCUGUCAAGAAGAUCAGAGGAAAGGAAAGGGUAAGAAGAAGGGGUACAAGUAAACGCAGACGAAAAGAUGAUCCUGAGGAAUUGUAUGCGUCAGCCAUGCAUAUCCAAGUAUAUAACGUGCCCAAUGAGGUUAAUCAUGAACAACAUCUGUGCCUCCAACGGAAUCCUGGUCACGCCUUAUCACCCAAUCAGAGAAUAGGUGGGGUGAUGGAAAACAACGGCACUAAUGAAGCUGACCAGCACGAAGUAGAAGAAGUUGAUGAAGACCACCUUUCUCAUGGAUCGGAGGAAAAUCCAUGCGAGUCCCUUGCUAAUGUUGGUGCUGUAGAGCAGCCCUCGCUGGGAACUAGUGAGGACGUGACCCACCAGAAUGAUUUCAGUGUCACAGCGUAGUUGGUUCAACGAAGUUAAUUCCAAGUGUUUUGAGGUGCUACUUUGCGAAAAAAUCUCAUGCGAUUCUCCUGAUUUAUACAGGAAUUUCAAACGGUGACAUGUGGUCGACAACCGUUGGGGAGUUUAGUUUCCGACUUGGUGGAGAUGGCAAGGUUCCCCGAGUGGUCUUGUAAAUUGGAAAUAUUUCAGAUUGUAGAACAUUGAUAGAUUUUGUAUACUUAAAUCAGAUUGUUGGUUUGGCUUCUAUAACCAGAUUUGAUUGUGCAAUCACUAAACAUGAUGCAUUUUGUUA